AUGGCCAGCGGCAGAGCCCUGCUCCAGGCUGGCCUCCUGAUCCAGCUGCUGAUGGCUGCUGUUCUGGGUCAGGAGGGAGGAGAGGAGGGAGCGUCCUUUGGCGAAACCUGCCUGGCUCAUUUCACUGCAGGGAUGCCUGAAUUCGUGCUGGACACUGAUGCCUCGGUGGCGAAUGGGGCCACCUUCCUGCCCUCCCCCCCGGUUCAUCGGGGCAAGGACUGCGUGCGGGCUUGCUGUAAGGAGCCUUCUUGCAACCUGGCCCUGGUGGAGCAGAAGCCACACGAGGGGGAAGACCGCAUCGAAGCCUGCUUCCUCCUGGACUGCCUCUACGAGCAAGCUUUUGUCUGCAAGUUUGCCAGGAAGGUGGGCUUUCUCAACUACGUCAAGAGGGACGUGUACGAUGCCUACGUGAAAGUGCGGGACCAAGGCCAUGGUGGUGAUAAGCCUCCCAUAGCCCGUGCUGGGAUGGACAUGAAGGUGCAACCUCAGGAGCCAGUGUUACUGAGAGGCACAGAGAGCUCAGAUGACCAUGGGAUUGUCAGUUAUGAUUGGAAACUUCUGCUUGGUGACACCUCUGUGGUGCUGGAGGAAGAGGAAGAUCAAGCCAAGAUCUCCAACCUGCAGGAGGGGCAGUAUGUCUUCCAGCUCACUGUCACAGACAGUGCUGGCCAGCAGGACUCCACCAACAUCACGAUCAUGGUCCUGACAGCUGAACAGACUGAAGAGUUCUGCUUGGCUCCUAGUAAGGUGGGUCGGUGCCGUGGGUCCUUUCCCCGCUGGUUCUACAAUCCAGCGUCUCAGCAAUGUGAGAAAUUCACCUUUGGGGGCUGCAAGGCCAACAAGAAUAACUACGUACGGGAGGAAGAGUGUAAACUUGCCUGCAAGAAUGUUCAAGGUUCUUUUGGAAUGCGGGCCAAGCCAGUGUGCAAUGGGAACUGUGAGUCCUUCCACUUCAAAUGCAGAGAUGGCUGCUGCGUUGAUAGUUUCCUGGAAUGCGAUGAAACUUCAGAUUGUGCAGAUGGAUCAGAUGAGGCGUAUUGUGAGCUGUAUGCAAUAGAGUUCACUAAACUACGGAAAAUCAAUGUUACGACCACGCAAGGUCACUGUGUGGAUUUACCAGACACUGGGAUGUGCCAAAAGAGCAUCCCCCGCUGGUACUACAACCCAUUCACCGAGAAAUGUGACCGCUUCACCUAUGGGGGCUGUGAAGGCAACCGAAAUAACUUUGAGGAAGAAGAAGAGUGUUUGAAAUCAUGUGCAGGCAUCACAAAGGCAGAUGUGAUUGGCCAGAGAUGGGGAGCAUAUGGGACCCAGCAAGCUGGCUUGAGUGCUUUCGAGGUGGCUAUUGCAGUGCUCCUUUGUAUCUGCAUAAUGGUAGUCCUGGUCAUCAUUGGCUACUUCUUCCUGAAGAAUAGAAAGAAGAACAGCCGGCGACGCCAACCUACCACUGCUACCAACUCAACCCUCUCCACCACAGAGGAUACUGAGCACCUGGUUUACAACAGUACAACCAAACCCAUUUGA